AUGGCUCGCAUACUGCUUGCCUGUCUGGUCGGCAAGAUACCGAAGAAAGCAAUCCUCGCUUUCAGGUCUAUUCUAGACUUUAUUUACCUCGCGCAAUACACCACUCACGACGACACGACGCUCCAGUACAUGGAAGACGCCCUCAAGACCUUCCACAGCAACAAGACCAUUCUUGUCGAUCUCGGAGUGCGCGAUCAUCUUAAUAUUCCGAAAUUCCAUUCAUUACUUCACUACGUUGACGCAAUCCGACUACUAGGCACUACGGAUAACUACAACACGGAGGCGUUUGAACGCCUCCACAUCGACUACGCGAAGAAAGGGUGGAGGGCAUCAAACCAUCGCGAUGCGCGUCCGCAGAUGGUGCGUUGGCUGGCACGACAGGAGAAGAUGGUCGUGCUCAGCUCAACCAUCCACCGCUGGCUCAGGAGUACUGGCCGCGAACGAAGAGAUGAUGUCUCCGUUCGUCAUGCGGACGACGUAGACAAUCCAGAUCAAGACAGCGUAUCAGGCUCACGUCAUAACGGUCGAAUUAAAUUGGCGAAGCACCCCUCUGCACCCCUCCAGGCUCUCCCGACCAUCGUCGACAAACACCAUGCACCCGGCUUCAUCGACACCCUCGCACAGUAUAUCUACACGCUGAAGAAUGGACGACCUCUAGCCUCCUCACAGCUCAACAACGCCAUCAACCAUAUGCCGUUCCAACGCCUCGAUGUCUUCCAUGGCUUCAAGUUUACGCCCGAACCCUUGACCGACGACACACAGGAGACCGACGCAGUGAAGGCAAGGCCCGCCAUAGCUAAACAACCUGCGCGUUUCGAUACUGUGGUUGUGCUGCAGGAGGACGACGCUGAAGCUACUGGGCUGCAAGGUACACGCAUCGGACGCAUCAAAGUCAUAUUCAAACUCCCUCAAAACAUCAGGGAUCCUCGAACCCUCAGGCCGCUACAAGCUCCAUCCGAAUGGGCUAGCCAGGGGCCACUCGCCGGUACGACCCGCGGCAUCGCUUUGCAGUUGAUUAAAGGCCUGUGGUGGUGGGCGAAGGCCGACGAGCCUUGGCAAUGCCUCGCCACCUGUAUGCCAGAGCUCAUCAAUGCGCUGGAUGCGCACGACCUGCUUGCGUACGAGUGCGCGCUGCCCGCGGGCGAGAAGGUGACGGGGCACACGGGCGACCGGGUGGGUGUGAACUUGAAGGCGAACGACCGGGCGCACAAACGGGCCAGUGAGCGGCAGGGCGAGCAGCGGGCGAGUGGGCAGACCGGCAGACGGCCUUACAGCAGGGCACACCACACGCCGACCACGAGCGCGGCGGGGGACCGGGCGGGUCAGCGGGAUUGCAAGCGGACGGGUGGGCCAGCGGAAGGGUGCGUAGGGUGCGCAGACCAGGAAGCUAAGAAAGCAGCGAGAGGUGCGAGCAGCCCACCUGACGAAAUCACCGCACUCCUUCGCUCCGCCCUCCCAUCGAGCAUCUCCGCGAUCCGUAGGCACCUCCUUGAGCAGAUCAAAGCCGCAGCCGUCCAACGGUGGAAGGAGUCGCCCCGUUUCGAAGCCCUUGCACGCAUAGACCCUGAAAUGCCGUCGAAGAGCUCCGAACCGGACACGCACCGCUCAACUACCACCUCCAUCGCAUCCGCCGAUCCGACACAGCGCGCUGUCCCGCAUGCCGAGCCCACCGAGAGACCGUCCGACACUUCUUCCUCGAGUGCACGGAAUACGCUCCACAACGCGCAUGGCUACGACGCAAAAUCGGAAGCCGAGUACGAUCUCUCAGGCACUUACUCUCGCAAGCCGACACCAUCCGACCGCUUUUCCGCUAUAUACACGCCACCGGCCGUUUCGACCACACCUUCGGAGGACUUGACUUACCAAACACCGAGGACGAUGAGUGACGACGAUCUCCUAUCCCACGCGCAUCCUUAA